AUGCUAGCUCUUUUUGGUCUGAUAUGUGACCAACCAAAUCGUUCCCCUACUGACCCAGCGCAGCCACUUUGCCUUGUUACAGUACGCGCGCUGUUUGAUCUUGCAGACGCUGAGUCGCACGAGGACGGGCGUCUGAAGCUCGUGCUUAAAGACCGCUCUCCCGGGGAAUGGGACGAGUUCAGCGUGAGCAGCAAAGGCGAAGACUAUCGUGUCCCAGAGGCAUUGGUAGUCUUAUUAGACCAGAAGAUCUGGUUCGCGUUAUGUUUGAACCUGGACGUGGGUUUCGCAGAGGCAUACAUGCGCCGAGAGUUGCAGUGCAACAACCUUGUGGAUCUUUUCUCCAUUUAUAUUCAAAAUUGGGCGACUCUAAGCCAUGGGAGCCCUUGGUUGCAGCGUGUCCCUCGCAUCCUUCGCCUGAUGUUUAAGCCUACGAACGACGUCAAGCACGCGCUUCAGAAUGCUUCUUCUCAUUACGAUACGUGGAAAUAUUGGGAGAUCACGUAG